CACAACCUCUGCGCACAUGGUAACAACUCCCAACGGCACAUUCUCUUCCCUUUUUCCUUCCCAAAAAUUCAAUCUUUGUUUAUUUGACAAAAAUCAUCUCGAUCUUCCCCUUCUCGUAUAUAUACAAACACCUACACCCUUCUACUAUCCCUACGCUUAUCUACAUUUAUCCCACUCUAAAACCCUAGACUUUCAAUUUGGAAAUCAAAAUUUGCCCCAAAUUUUCACAAUUUGGUUGAAAAAAAGCCCUUAAUUUCGAGUCCAAUUGAAGCUGGAAUUCAAAUCCCUUUAUCCUUUUCUCCGAUUAGGGUGUUUUGAAAUGGUUGAGAUUUGUAAUGGAUGCAGAUAAAGUGGUUGUGAUUGAUAAUGGCGGUGGAAACAGCAAUAAUGGGAUCUCGGGUGGCAACGACAGCCUCCCACCUAAACCACUCGGUGGCGUUUACCGCCAGAGCUUGAGCACGGGACAGACGCCCACCGCCGCUUCUUGUAAGAAGUCCCUGGCUCGACAUCCUUCACUGGUGAAGACCAAGCCCUUGGAUAUACCCGUAGAAAGACUGAACAUAAAUGAUUGUGAGACGGUAUUUUCCCCAAGUCUUCGCUCAGGAGCAUGGGCAGAUAUUGGUGGUCGCUCGGCAAUGGAGGAUGUAUUUGUUUGUGCUGAUGAUUUUGUGAAUCAUUAUGGUUUAAAAAGUUCUGUUGAAGGGCCUAGUGCUUUCUAUGGGGUUUUUGAUGGUCAUGGAGGAAAGCAUGCAGCUGAUUUUGCAGGACAUCAUUUGCCAAGAUUCAUUGCGGAGGAUGAAGGCUUUCCUGAGGAAAUUGAGAGGGCUAUUUCGUCUGCAUUUCUGCAAACUGAUACUGCUUUUGCAGAAGCUUGCACCUUGGAUAACGAUCUUGCCUCUGGUACAACUGCUUUGGCAGCUCUUGUUAUUGGGAGGUCCUUGGUCGUAGCUAAUGCUGGAGAUUGUAGAGCAGUUCUUUGUCGACGGGGUAAAGCAAUUGAGAUGUCAAGAGACCACAAACCUUGUUGCUUCACUGAGAAAAAAAGAAUAGAAGCUUCUGGAGGAUAUGUGUUUGAUGGUUACCUUAAUGGACAGCUAAAUGUUGCACGUGCUCUGGGAGACUGGCACAUGGAAGGUUUGAAACAUGGCGAUGGUGGCCCUCUUAGUGCGGAGCCUGAACUUAUGUCCACUAGACUUACAGAAGAGGAUGAGUUUCUUAUCAUUGGGUGCGACGGGAUAUGGGAUGUGUUUAUGAGUCAAAAUGCAGUUGACUUUGCUCGUAGAAAGCUUCAGGAGCACAAUGAUCCUGAGAUGUGCUGCAAGGACUUGGUUGAGGAAGCUUUGAAGAGGAGAAGUGGAGAUAAUUUAUCUGUAGUUGUGGUGUGUUUCCAGCCACAGCCACCGCCUAACUUGAUUGUUCCAAGAGGGCGAGUCCAUAGGAGCAUCUCUGCCGAAGGUCUCAAGGAGUUGCAAGGCUUCUUGGAUAGAUUGGCUGAAUGAUGGUCACAGUUUUCCAGCCUUUUCUUUUACCCUCCCCCCCUUCCCCUGGUUCCAUAAUUUUGUUGCUUAGGAAGUGAUAUUGGCUUUAUUUCCUCUCUUUUUCUUCCUUUGUUUGUGAUUUAGAUUUAAUUUAUUGUAUCUCUUAGGUGAUUCGGAGAGGAAUGUAUUGUCCAAUUGUAACAUAUGCGGCGGCCACACAUUUUUGUUGCUUAGGUAAACCUUAUAUUUUGAGUAGGUAGGUCAACUUCAAGCAUGGUUUCUGUAUUUCCCCUGGUUACGUUUGAUUUUUGUAGCAGCGAUGUCCCCCCUUUACCCCUAUACGUUGCAAGUCUGAAGUUUGCAAGUUCAGUUGGUUUUAGACUUGAAGAUGAUCAUGAAAAGGCUUCAAAUUUUGAGCAAGUUUUGAUCGGGCCGAAAGAGUUUUUCUCAAUGGGAAGUCUGAAAGAAUCCUCUGUUAUCAUAUUUGAAAGGUAACAGGCAGAGGUAGAACAUAUUUCUGUCAUCAGCCUGGGUAAGUACAUGAUAAAUACUGCAGAACAAAGAGGGGAAUCAACUAUACUUCUUCAAAAUUAACACCAGUUCUCCUGUAUUGACAGUUGGAUAGAUCAUAUGAGGCUGUUCUGUUCUGAAUUGUUAGAAAGAUCUGAUCUAUGGCGGUAGCAGUUCACCAAAGAUCGUCCCGGGUGCCACCUUCAAAACCGAUUACAUGAGAUAUUUAGAAGUCCUGAAAAUCAUCAUCUAAAGUAUAGGAGCAAAAACUCCCGAGUCUUCAUUCAAACUCAUCUUCAUCAAUUAAAAAGACUGAUCAUCAUCACCUGCUUUAAUAUAUAGAAAUACAGAAUCCUGAGCUCAAGCUAACGAAUUCCAAGUUAAGAAAAAGAUAAAUGAAAGAUAGCCGCUGUCCGAGGACAACGCAAACAUGUCAAACUCAAAUUGGAUGAGUUCUCGAAUUUCUCUUCGCCAACAAUCCUUUCAAAAGUUGUAUUGCGAAAUCCGGAACCAUCAACUGAAAGUGAAAAUUCAACGGCUUUCUUCAUCUUCUCAAUCCAACCAACAGAAAUCCGUGGCUCAUCAUCCAAUCCUCCCACGGACACCAUCUUUACUUGAACCAGAAAUUUUAGAGACAUCCAUAAGGUUAUUUUUCUGAUUUGAAAAGCUUCCAAGGUUUGUGAUAGCUGAACAGAGUUGAAGGUUCGGACAUAAAUCUCUGCAGCAAAAACGGAGUCUAUAUAGGCUUGGAUCCAACAGCAAGUUCGGAGACCUUACCCAUCAUACCCUACCAAAGCUGAACCGGGAGAUCGAACAGAUCUUACAUCUGGACAAGCUUUUUAUGGCUGAUAAAAUGAAAAUAUAUAUUUUUUUUCUUAAUGAAUCUGAACUUGAGGAAUUCAUCAAAUGUGGGGUUAUCAAAGAUGGUUGAAAGGGCGAAAUUCAGAUUUUGUUAGGAGAAAAGUGGAUUUAGCGUGAAAAAAGCAAACUCACAAUUUUACACUCGCA